AUGAGUCGAGGGGCCAUGCCCCAGCCCGGAGCGUGGCCGGGCGCGAGCUGCGCCGAGAAGCCGGCGCGGGAGGCGGGAGCCGUUUCCCCCGGCCCCGCCAGAGCCGCGGUGCGCGAGGGCGGGAAGGCGGCGGCCGGCGGGCAGCCCCAGCCCGCGACGCUGUGUCCGGCCGAGCAUGAGGAGGACAUGUACCGUGGUGCGGAUGAAAUAGAAAAGGAGAAGGAAUUGCUUAUCCAUGAAGGAGAGGCAUCAGAACUCAGAUUAAGUGUAGCUCCUGAGGUGGACAUCAUGGACUACUGCAAGAAAGAGUGGAGGGGAAAUACGCAGAAAGCCACAUGCAUGAAAAAGGGCUACGAGGAAGUUGCGCAGAAGUUCACCUCCAUCAGGCGCGUGCGCGGCGAUAACUACUGUGCGCUGAGGGCAACGCUCUUCCAGGCCAUGAGCCAGCCAGCAGAGCUGCCCCACUGGCUUCAGGACCCAGAGCUUACACUGUUACCAGAAAAACUAUUCAGCAGACACAGCUGGAUCAAGCAGUGGAAACUGGGCCUGCAGCUUGAUGGCAGGAGUGAGGACCUGGUGGACAGGAUUAAGGACUCCCUCGUUCUGCUCAGGAAGAAGUGGGCAGGCCUGGCGGACACCAGGACUGCGGAAGCGAGACAGACGGCCUGUGAUGAGCUGUUCACCGGCGCCGAGGAGGAGUACAGCCUCUAUGAGGCCAUCAAGUUUCUAAUGCUGAACCGAGCCAUUCAGCUGUAUGACGACAGGGAGCGGGGGAAGGACGUGCCCCUCUUCUCUGUGCUCCUGUUUGCUCGGGACACAUCCAGUGACCCCCAUCAGCUGCUGAAGAACCACCUCAAUCAGGUGGGACACACGGGGGGCCUUGAACAGGUUGAGAUGUUUCUUCUUGCCUAUGCUGUACGCCACACCAUCCAGGUGUACCGACUCUCCAAGUACAACACUGAGGAGUUCAUCACGGUAUACCCCCCUGACGCCCCGGAGGACUGGCCUGUGGUGACGCUGAUCGCCGAGGAUGAUCGUCAUUACAACGUCCCCAUCAGGGUGUGCGAGGAGAAAAACCUGUGA